AUGUUUGUGCAGCUCGUCAAACUGCGUUGGACUUACAUCAAAGAUGAGCUGACGGUGAUGCCCCUCGACGACCCGGCCCGCGGCAUCUGCGACAUCAUGGGAGCGAAAGAACACCUCAUCUACAGAGGGGACACGUUCGAGCUGGCCAACAGUGUGAGCAGCGUGUUAGACGUCGAAGAGUUCUCCUCCCAGACUGUUUCCCUGCAUGUCCUUGGUGAGGACACACGCUACUCCCGCAAGGACCUCGCGCUGUUCUUGCCGUUUGGAAGGGAGAAGUUUUCUCCCCUCCUAGACUCCUGGGACAGGAUCUGCCGGCUCUUUCACUGCGAGCACGACGGCCAUUAUCACCCUGAUACCCAUAUUCUCCGAUGGUGCACGUUCUGUCACACCUGGUACCACAUCGACUGCCUGGACGAGGUGGAGGCACAGGGCCCGACCGUUCUGAUACCCUCUCCUGACCGCAAGGAGCGGCAUGACACCCAGGAGGUAAUCGAGAGCAAGUUCGCGGCGGGUCGCAUCCGUUACGACUACCACAACUUCAAUCUCUGGCAGAAGCUCCUCAAGAUGCCCAUUCAGCGCGGCUACCCCGAGUACGACUAUCCGUUGUCGUUCGAGCGCCUGCUCCUCCAGAUGCGCAAGACCUACGUCACCACUGGCUGCCCUGCGGACGUCCACAACUACGUGCUCGAGCACCUAAACCUUGCCCCAGGCCUUGUUCAUCGUUCCGCCGAGAUGACCACCGUCCUUUACUCACUCAUCGGGGACCCGGAAAACGACUGCACUUACUAUAGAUGCCCCAGCUGCGAAGACGAGGUUAUCAUUUAG